AUGGCGGAAGCCGCACUGAAUAUACCGGCGAUCGACACGUUCGACAACUUCCUUGGCGAAGGAAGGGCGUCAGCGGGCCCUAAAUGGGACAAAUGGCUCCUCAGGUUCGAAAAUUACCUGUUAGCAUUAAACAUAACGGACGAUGGCCGUAAACGGGCACUGCUACUGCACUUAGUAGGUCCAACCACGUUCGAGGAAUUUCAGACGCUUCCAAAUACAGGCACUAACUAUGCUACAGCUAGAACCAAGCUCACCAACCACUUUAAACCUAAAGUGAACAAAGAGUAUGAACGUAUACAAUUUCGCAUACAGCGGCAGGGUGAGAAAGAGUCGAUUGAUUCGUACUACACUCGUUUGAGGCAAUGUGCAAGCACGUGUGAAUUUACGAACAUUGACGCUGAAAUCAAGACGCAGAUCAUACAAACUAUGACCGAUUCAAAGGCCCGGAAGGAUGCUUUGUCAGGCAAUCUUAAUUUGGAGACAAUCCUAAAACAGGCACGCAACAAUGAACUCAGUAGGGCUCAGAACAAGACCAUUGAAAAAUAG